CUUUAUAUACAUACACAUAUCGAUAUCGAGGACAUUAUUUAUCACUUCACAAUAAGUACUCUGGCGGCCGUUUCCAUCACUUACCGUCCAUCAUUUGUGAUAAAUACCAUGCAAAUACCCAAAUGAUAGUUAUGUUAAUAUAUAAAAAACCAAUCAUAUAGAGUCGAAAGUGCUUAAUUGUCUCUAUAUGACAAACCGAUGUCAACCCAACCACACACAUUCCAUUCUUCUACUUGCAAUCCCAACCCAAGUUAUGUUGCCACUACUACUUCCUUGUUGCCAUUCAACAAAUCACACCUCACGUCAUGGAAUCGUCUCAAACACGACUCAAUCCAAUUCAACUCACCAAAACUCGCCCACAAAUGGAUGCAAUACCAAGGAAUCAAUAACUGGGAAGGUUUAUUAGACCCUCUUGACCAUAAUCUACGCAACGAAAUCCUAAGAUAUGGUCAAUUUGUAGAAGCCGCAUAUCGCUCUUUCGACUACGACGUCAAUUCUCCAACAUACUCCACAUGUCGUUACUCUAAAACCUCGCUCCUUACAAAUUCUGGAAUGAAAUUUCACGCCGAUAACUACCGAAUCACAAAAAACCUACGAGCCACGUGCGGAUUUCGUCUCCCGAAUUGGUUUCACGAUAUAUCCCAACUGACACGUGUCAGAUCCAGCUGGAUCGGUUACGUGGCAGUUUGUACCGACAAGAACGAAAUAGCGCGUCUUGGUCGGCGUGACGUGGUGAUUUCACUUAGGGGAACCGCCACGUUGUUAGAGUGGUUGGAAAAUUUUCGUGCCACGUUGACAACUUUGCCGAACAAUAUUGGCUGCGGUAAUAACAACGAGUGUAUGGUGGAAAAGGGUUUUUUGAGUAUCUACGUGUCAAAAACGGACACGUGUCCUAGUUUACAAGACAUGGUAAAGGAAGAGGUUAGAACAUUGAUUAAAUCCUACGGUGAUGAGCCACUCAGCUUAACUAUAACCGGUCACAGUCUUGGAGCCGCACUCGCUAUUCUGAGCGCGUACGAUAUAGCUACCAGUUUUAGAAUUCCACCGUUAGUUACCGUGAUUUCUUUUGGUGGGCCCCGCGUUGUUAACGACAAAUUUCGUAGUCAGUUAGAACAAAGCGGAGUGAGGAUUUUAAGGAUUGUCAAUUCGGAUGAUGUAAUCACGAAAUUUCCUGGGUUCGUUGAAAAAAGUGAUGACGUGGAAAUCAAUAAGGGUGCCCACGUGGAUCUACUACAAAGGUGGUUACGUCAGCGCGUGGAGUACAUGAAGUUGGUGUACGCUGACGUUGGACAAGAACUGAGGUUAAGUAGUAGGGAAUCGCCGUAUGUGAAGAGUGGAGAUAUUGCCACGUGUCAUGAUCUAAAGACAUAUCUUCAUUUGGUGGAAUGUUUUGUAAGUUCCUCCAGCCCUUACGUGAAACAAACGAGAUAUUAUCCAACGCAAUCUCAGUUAAAUGAUGUAGCUGGUCCAAGAUUUGGUUUGAUAUUCUUACUUCUUUUUUUAUUCAUCAUGUUGUAUGCCUUACAAGAGAUUGAUUCUCUUCAAGGAGUACUGAAAUUACAAGAGACAUUCGUAAAUAUAAUCUCCUCACUUAUCAUGAUAGCUUAGUUUUCUUUA